AUGUUCAAUAAAAGAAGAAAAACAAAAGCAAAAGUCAUUACCGCCGGUACCCUACCAAGAAAACCCAUAAAGCCCAGAAUUUUCCAACCUUUUCGUGCUAUCGGUUAUGUCACUAAUGACGUCCCGUUCACCCUUCAAGCCAGAGGAACUGCAUUUUUCCUCACAACUUGUGUUGGAAAUAGCUUUCAUAUAUAUGAUGUACGUGGACCACAAACAGAACUCCCCAUUACGGCAAUAGCUUCUUAUAAUGAUUCUACUUUCGUAGCUUGCUCCAAAGAGAUAAUUGUCUUUAGUAGAGCUAAAGAGCUUAGGCGAUUGACCAGCAAAAAUCAGGGAAAUAUUUUUUCAUUGAUGGUGUUAAGCCACUUCCUGAUUGCUAUGAGUGAUGACAACAAAAUAAUUUUGUGGAAUUAUGACUCUGGAGAGUUUUACACUGAGCUUGAAUUUGACGAGAGAUUUACUGUGUCGGCGAUUGUACAUCCACACACAUAUCUCGAUAAGAUAUUAAUAGGAAGUAUUCAAGGGACAAUGGAAAUUUGGAACAUUCGUACAAACAAAUUGGUAUAUUCGUUUUCCUCAUUCAGUUCACCUAUAACAACACUUGUUCAAUCUCCAGUCGUGGAUGUCAUUGCUGUUGGCUUACUUGAUGGCACCAUAAUACUGCAUAAUAUCAAAGCUGAUGAAAGAAUAGUAACAUACACCCAGGAAGAUGAUCAGCACGUUAUGGCAACUGCGAAUAUAAAUGGGGAUAUUGCCCUAUGGAACCUGGAUCGAAAAAAUUUGUCUCACGUGAUGAAGGGAACACACGAUGGAUUAAUUCCUGCUAUUCAGUUUCUCAAUGGACGACCCAUUUUGAUUACGUCGGGUGCUGAUAAUUCUGUGAAGGAAUGGAUUUUUGAUAACUUAGAUGGAUUACCACGUCUGCUUAAAUUUAAGAGUGGUCAUCAUUCACCGCCAACUACCAUUCAGUAUUAUGGUUCUGAUGGUCAUUACAUUCUGAGUGCUGCUGCGGAUAGAUCAUUAAGAGCUUUUUCGAUUGUACGCGAUUCUCAAUCUGUCGAGCUUUCACAAGGCUCAGUAGAUAAGAAAUCAAAAAAAUUGGGUGUAAAAAUAGAUGAGCUUAAAUUACCACAAAUAACCCAAUUUUCUGCCGUCCAAGCAAAACAACAUGAAUGGGACAAUAUUCUUUCUUGUCAUCUCAAUAUGCCAUACGCGUGGACUUGGUCCUAUCGACAUAAAGUCAUUGGAAAGUUCAAGUUUACGCCGCGCGAUGGAUCACAUGUUAAAGCCGCAGUCAUAAGUGGAUGUGGUAAUUUCGGGUUUAUUGGAUCUUCGUCUGGCUGUAUAGAAAUGUUUAACAUGCAAUCCGGACAGCACCGUAAAACUUUCGCUGGCCCAGAUAGGCAUGAUAGAUCUAUCACUGGCUUGACAAGUGAUCCCUUAAAUCGAUAUAUAGUUAGUAGCUCGCUUGAUGGCACAGUCAAGAUAUGGGAUUUUACAAGCACCGAAGUGAUAAAUACCAUUUACAUAUCAUCCCCCAUCACCAUACUAAAAUGCCAAACCGAAAGCAAUCUUUUAGCGAUUGCUAGCGAUGACUUUACCAUUCGCGUGAUCGAUGUCGAUACACGAAAGAUAGUAAGAGCGUUCAGCGGGCAUCGAAAUAGGAUUACGGAUCUUACAUUUAGCCAUGAUGGUCGAUGGAUCAUUUCAAGUUCCCUCGAUUCAACUAUUCGUACUUGGGAUCUCCCAUCUGGUCAUAUGGUAGAUAUAUUUCGAGUGGAUAGCGUCGCAACUAGUGUCUCGUUUUCACCUACGGGUGACUUUUUGGCGACAUCUCAUGUCGGUGAUGUCGGAAUAUUUUUAUGGGCAAAUCGUGCACAGUUUUCUAGCCUGUCAUUAAGAAGCGUGUCUGAUGACGAUAUCUUUGAUGUUUCAUUGCCUACUACGUCAGGAUUCGAUAAUGAUGUUGAGGACGAUAUUGCCAACCAAACGAAUGGCGAUGGAAAAGAUUUGCCUUUUUUUUCGUCCGAGCAAUUAACCGAACAAAUGAUUACACUAUCAACAUUACCGAAAUCAAAAUGGCAGAAUUUGUUGAAUUUGGAAAUUAUUAAAAAACGCAAUAAACCUAAAGAACCGCCAAAAAUUCCCGAGAAAGCCCCGUUCUUCUUGACAACUUUACCUGGUGUGGAACCAAAAUUUGUUGUCGAAGAACAAAAUAAGGAAAGGAAUAAGAUAGCAAAAAACGAUAAUAAGCUUGUGAAGUUGAGUGAAAUCCGAAUGGAAACAGAAUUUAUAAAGUUAUUGGAAAAGGGUAAAGAUUCUGGAGAGUACUCGGAAUUCUUUAAUUUUAUCAAAACACUCAACCCAUCCAGCAUAGAUUUCGAACUUCGUUCCAUGAACUUGGACAACAACUUCCAAGACUUACAAUUAUUCCUGGACGCAAUCGAGUCACGGCUCCAAUCAAGAAAGGACUUUGAAUUGUGUCAAGCAUAUCUAAACCAUUCUUUGCGAAUAUAUGGCGACAUAAUUGUCGCAAAUCCGGAUCCAUUGGGAAUAAGAUUGCAAUCGAUUUUGGACGAGCAUCAAAAAGAGUGGUCGAGAAUAGAAGAAUUGUUGCAGUAUAAUUUGUGUAUGUUGGACUUCUUGCGAAAAUGA